CACCUUGUCUCUCAAAUGUAACAUAUAUACAUCCACACGUAUGGCAUCUCUAAUCCCUGUGUUUUCCAAUCCAAGCAUGGAAGAAGCCAACGCCACCAGUUCAGAGGCUCAAAGGUAUGCUGUAGUUACUGGGGGCAACAAGGGGAUUGGGCUGGAGAUAUGCCGGCAGCUAGCGUCGGAAGGGGUCGUCGUCGUGUUGACGGCAAGAGAUGAGAGGAAGGGUGCCAGAGCUGUCGAAGAUUUUAAGGCUUCUGGGCUGUCGAAUGUGGUUCCCCAUCAGCUCGAUGUCAAUGAUGCAGCUAGCAUCGCCUCCCUAGCACGAUUCCUGCACACCGAGUUUGGAAAACUCGAUAUCUUAGUCAAUAACGCAGCCGAAAGUGGACUUCUUAUGGACGAGGAAGCAUUCAAAGCCUAUACUCUUGCGGGUGGCGUUGUGAACGAUGAGAAUGCCGAAUUGGUGAACAGAUUCUCGGUGCAGACAUAUGACAAGGCAACAGAUUGUCUUAAAACCAAUUACUAUGGAACAAAAGCAGUGAGUGAAGCUCUACUUCCUCUCCUCGAACUCUCCGAAUCACCCAGAAUAGUCAAUGUCUCCUCGUGUUUCGGACUGUUGAGGCUCAUCGGGAACGAGAGGGUUCGAGCAGAGCUCGAAGAUGUCGACAGCCUAAGUGAAGACACCAUAGACAGGAUCCUGCAGAUGUUUCUCGGGGACUUUAAGGAAGACAAGCUGCAGGCCAACGGUUGGCCGACCACAGCAUCGGCCUACAGGAUGUCUAAAGUCGCCCUGAACGCGUAUACGAGGGUCCUGGCGAGGAGAUUCGAUCGUUUUCGGGUUAACUGUGUCCAUCCCGGCUUUGUCAAGACUGAUUUGUCGCACAACACGGGGAAUCUGACGGCGGAAGAAGGCGCGAGAGGUCCGGUGAUGCUGGCGUUGUUGCCUGAUGAUGGGCCUUCUGGCCUCUACUUCGACGAGAUGCAUGCAUCUUCCUUCCAAUGACAUUAUGCAUGAUUGCGCGGAGGCGGAGAUAUGUGUUAUCUGGGGCGAUACACAAAUUAUCUAGUAUUUGGACUUAAUUAUGGUCUUAUUAUUACUUGUAUCAGCUACAUUUAGAACAUAAUUUCAUUAAGGAUAGAUAUAUUGUUAUGUUAA